AUGGAAAUCGGAGGAGGUGGUGAAGGAUGGUGGUUGGAGGAGGCGAUGAAUAACAUGAACGAGGAGAUCUUGUUCCUGACUGUAUCCCAGCCUCCGAAUGUACAACAAUUAAGGCAAGAUAUUUGGGGGUUUCUUUCAAGAAGCAAGUUCAAUGUACAGCAACAAAAGUUUACUUGGUCUCAAAUUCUUCUUGCCCAGGUUCCAAUGGCUCCAAAACAGCCAAACACAGGACUCUUUGUGGGUCUAAACAAAGGGCAUGUUGUUACCAAGAAGGAAUUAGCACAUCGUCCUUCCGACAGAAAAGGGAAAACAAGCAAGAGAUCACACUUUGUGAGAAACCUUAUUAGAGAGGUUGCUGGAUUUGCUCCUUAUGAGAAGAGAAUCACUGAGCUUCUCAAGGUUGGAAAGGACAAACGUGCCCUCAAAGUGGCAAAAAGGAAGUUGGGGACUCACAAGAGAGCAAAGAAGAAGCGCGAUGAUUACGAGAUCAAAGUAUGGAACUACAAACUGCAUCGGUGUUUAUUCACGCUGCUUGGCCAUCUUGAUUACAUCCGGACUGUUCAAUUUCACCAUGCGAACCCCUGGAUUGUUAGUGCUAGUGAUGAUCAAACUAUCCAGAUAUGGAACUGGCAAUCCCGUACUUGUAUUUCUGUUUUGACUGGACACAACCAUUAUGCAAUGUGUGCUUUGUUCCAUCCGAAAGAGGACCUUGUUGUGUCAGCAUCAUUAGAUCAGACUGUUCGAGUUUGGGACAUUGGUGCUUUGAAAAAGAAAACAGUUUCCCCUGCUGAUGAUAUCCUCCGUGUUGUGUUCCAGCCUCCAAAGCUACAGUAG